GCGAUUCAAUCCCAUCUUACUCAGAACGUUGAUCAUCCCACCAGCCGCCUGACCACGACAGGAAGCCAAUAGCCUUCAAAAGUACCACUGGGGCCUGGCCAGAUCGAAAGUCUCGCAGUUCCCUCAAGUCUUCUGGCAAGCACUGAAGCUGUGUCGACGCUCAUAGUCUGUGCAUCCUGAACCAGUGGCCUGUCGCUUUCCCGAAGACAAGUCAUACACAGAGUCAUAACAUAGCGGAGGUCUCCCAACAUCUUUUCGUCUUAACCUCAAUAUUGCAACAAUGUCUGGGCCAUACGUUUACACACAACCGAUCUACGAGCCUCCUCCAUAUUAUACCCACCCGCACACACCCCAACGAUCACCUUUCAUUCCUCCCUCUAAUUUAUUUCCACCUUCUCCCUCUUCACCUUACGUCGAACUUCCUGGAACCCCGCACACUUCUUACUAUCCUGAUGGAUACCGUCGCCGUCGCCCUCCGUCUUGGCAUGGAGGGAUGGCCGCAGCACCUCCCAGUCCUUCCUUUUUGGGGGUUCCAUUGCCGCCGACCAACAACCGGCGGCAUUCCUUUGGCCAUGCCAAUCGCCCUCCUUGGCCAUACCAGAUGUCGUCGCAGCACUACCAGAUUCACCCGCUUCUUAACGGAGAAGCUUAUGUAUCGGAAUUCUACUUCGACAUUGCUAAUCCAGCUUUCGCGCCAUUGCGCAGAGUUGGUCCAAACCACACGGCUAUGGUGUCUGUUGAAGAGCUAAGGGAACCUGCUACAUUCCCAACCAUUACUCGCAUGCGUAUGACGCAUGAUGCCAUUCCUCAAUGGCCUAUCGACUUGGAACUCGUUCAUGGCGAGUACGAUAUCUCGGGCGCUCUGCCCAUAACUGUUGGCGAUGUUUUGUGGAUGAUCCAUUCGUCCUUGCAUCGCCAAAUUUCUCACUCUGACUGGGCCCAGCUAAGUCAGAGUGAAGAAACUGCAAUUGCACGGGCAUAUACCCGCAGAUACAGAAGCAUCCCUUCAUCUGCUCAGCUCGAAGCAAGUCAAGGAGUCAAACGAGUUGACUAUUUGAUGGAAAGACAUUGCUUCAGGGGACUUGUCAGAGCUCCGGAUGAAGAUGGUUUCUGUCAUUGGAAGUUGUUGACGUGAAAGUUGCCUGCCCUUGUAACCCCCUCUCUUUG